AUGAGCACCGACGCUGAGAUGGCCCAGUAUGGGCCGGCAGCCAUCUAUCUCCGGAAACCUGAGAAAGAGCGAAUUGAGGCUCAGAACCGUCCGUUUGAUGCCAGAACAGCCUGCUUCGUGCCCGAACCCAAGGAGCUGUACAUCAAAGGUGUCGUCCAGAGCAGAGAAGGUGGCCAAGUCACCGUGAAGACCGAAGCUGAUGAGACUGUAACAGUUAAGGACGAAGAUUGUCUUCCCAUGAAUCCCCCAAAGUACGACAAGAUCGAGGACAUGGCCAUGAUGACGCACCUCAACGAGCCCUCUGUGCUGUUUAACCUCAAAGAUCGUUAUGCAGCGUGGAUGAUUUAUACCUACUCUGGGCUCUUCUGUGUCACUGUGAACCCUUACAAGUGGCUGCCAGUUUAUGACCCACAGGUGGUGGCAGCCUACAGGGGGAAAAAGCGCAUGGAGGCCCCGCCACACAUUUUCUCUGUUUCUGAUAAUGCAUAUCAAAAUAUGCUCACAGAUCGUGAGAACCAGUCUAUCCUGAUUACUGGAGAAUCUGGUGCAGGAAAGACCGUCAACACCAAGCGUGUCAUCCAGUACUUUGCGACAAUCGCAGUGUCCGGUGGUGACAAGAAGGAUCACUCUACUGGAAAAAUCCAGGGGACGCUGGAAGAUCAAAUCAUUUCAGCGAAUCCCCUGCUGGAAGCCUUUGGGAAUGCCAAGACUGUGAGGAACGAUAACUCCUCAAGAUUUGGCAAAUUUAUCAGAAUUCACUUUGGAACUACAGGAAAACUGGCUUCUGCUGAUAUAGAAACUUAUCUGCUGGAAAAGUCAAGAGUGACUUUCCAGUUGUCUGAAGAGAGGAGCUACCACAUCUUCUAUCAGAUACUGACCGGACACAAGCCAGAGCUUAUAGAAAUGCUCCUCAUAACAACAAACCCGUAUGACUUCCCCAUGAUCAGUCAGGGGCAGAUCUCUGUGGCCAGCAUCAAUGAUAAAGAAGAGCUGGUGGCCACAGACACUGCCAUUGACAUCCUGGGCUUCAGCAGUGAAGAAAAAGUCUCCAUCUACAAACUGACUGGCGCUGUGAUGCAUUAUGGGAACAUGAAGUUCAAGCAGAAGCAGCGUGAGGAGCAGGCCGAGCCCGAUGGCACUGAGGUGGCAGACAAAGUUGCCUUCCUCAUGGGGCUGAACUCUGCUGACCUGCUGAAAGGACUCUGCUACCCCAGAGUGAAGGUGGGGAAUGAAUAUGUCACCAAAGGUCAGACGGUCCCUCAGGUCGCCAACGCAGUCAGUGCUCUGGCCAAAUCUGUCUAUGAGAAGAUGUUCUUAUGGAUGGUCAUUCGGAUCAAUGAGAUGUUGGACACAAAGCAGCCGAGGCAGUUCUUCAUCGGCGUGUUGGACAUUGCUGGAUUUGAAAUAUUUGAUUUCAACAGCAUGGAGCAACUCUGCAUUAACUUCACCAACGAGAAGCUGCAACAGUUUUUCAACCAUCACAUGUUUGUGCUGGAACAAGAAGAAUACAAAAAGGAGGGAAUUGACUGGGAGUUCAUUGACUUUGGUAUGGACCUGGCAGCCUGCAUUGAACUCAUUGAAAAGCCAAUGGGCAUCUUCUCUAUCCUUGAAGAGGAGUGCAUGUUCCCCAAGGCCUCAGAUGCUUCUUUUAAGAACAAACUCUAUGACCAGCAUCUUGGCAAAACAAGUGCUUUCCAGAAACCAAAGGUUGUCAAAGGCAAACCUGAGGCGCACUUUUCCUUGGUGCACUAUGCCGGCACCGUGGAUUACAACAUCAGCGGCUGGUUGGAGAAGAACAAAGACCCACUGAACGAGUCGGUGGUGCAGCUGUACCAGAAGUCAUCAAUGAAACUGUUGUCGUACUUGUAUGCCUCAUUUUCCAGUGCAGAAGCAGAAUCAGGUGGUGAUGCUGGAGGAGGCAAAGGAGGAAAGAAGGGAGGAAAGAAGAAGGGAGGCUCAUUUCAGACAGUGUCUGCUGUUUUCAGGGAAAAUCUCGGAAAGCUAAUGACCAACUUGAGGAGCACACAUCCUCACUUUGUCAGAUGCCUGAUUCCAAAUGAGAUUAAAAAACCAGGUGUGAUGGACAACCACUUGGUCAUUCACCAGCUGCGCUGUAACGGUGUGCUGGAGGGCAUCAGGAUCUGCAGGAAAGGAUUCCCCAGCAGGAUCCUUUAUGCUGAUUUCAAGCAGCGAUACAGAAUCCUGAACGCCAGUGCCAUCCCAGAGGGACAGUUCAUCGAUGGAAAGAAGGCUUCUGAGAAGCUUCUUGGUUCGAUUGACAUUGACCACAUGCAGUACCGGUUUGGUGCCACAAAGGUGUUCUUUAAAGCUGGCUUACUCGGCACUCUAGAGGAGCUGCGAGAUGAAAAGCUGGCCUCUCUUGUGACCCAGACUCAAGCUCUGUGUCGUGGCUAUCUGAUGAGAAAAGAAUUCUCCAAAUUAAUCGCACAGAGAGACUGCGUUUGGAUUCUUCAGUAUAACCUGCGCUCGUUCAUGAAUGUCAAACACUGGCCGUGGAUGAAGCUGUUCUUUAAAAUAAAGCCACUUCUAAAAAGCGCAGCAACUGAAAAGGAGAUGGCAACAAUGAAAGAAGACUUCAUCAAGUGUAAAGACGAUCUGGCAAAGUCAGAGGCCAAGAGAAAGGAGCUCGAAGAGAAAAUGGUUUCUCUGUUGCAGGAGAAAAAUAACCUCCUCCUCCAAGUACAAGCUGACUCUGAAAAUCUUUGUGAUGCAGAGGAGAGAUGCGAAGGUUUGAUCAAAAGCAAAAUUCAGCUGGAGGCCAAACUCAAAGAGGUGUCGGAGAGGCUGGAGGACGAAGAGGAGAUGAACGCAGAGUUGACCGCCAAGAAGCGGAAGCUCGAAGACGAAUGUUCUGAGCUUAAAAAAGACAUAGAUGACCUGGAGCUUACGCUGGCUAAAGUUGAGAAGGAGAAACAUGCUACCGAAAACAAGGUUAAAAACCUAAUGGAGGAGCUGGCUGGUCAGGAUGAAAACAUGACCAAACUCAGCAAGGAGAAGAAAGCUCUCCAAGAGGCUCAUCAGCAAACACUGGAUGACCUUCAAGCAGAGGAGGACAAAGUCAACACUCUGACCAAAGCCAAGUCUAAGCUGGAGCAGCAAGUGGAUGACCUUGAAGGUUCACUGGAGCAAGAAAAGAAGAUCCGCAUGGACCUGGAAAGAGCUAAACGGAAGCUGGAGGGGGAUCUGAAGCUGUCGCAGGAAUCCCUCAUGGACCUGGAAAAUGACAAACAACAAGCUGAGGAGAAAAUUAAGAAAAAGGAAUUUGAAAACAGCCAGCUGCUCAGCAAAAUUUCAGACGAGCAAACUAUAAACAACCAGCUCCAGAAGAAAAUCAAGGAGCUCCAUGCUCGCAUUGAAGAAUUGGAGGAAGAAGUUGAGGCCGAGCGGGCGGUCCGAGCCAAGAUCGAGAAGCAGAGGUCUGACCUCGCCAGGGAGCUCGAUGAGAUCAGCGAGAGGCUGGAGGAGGCCGGAGGAGCCACCGCCGCCCAGAUCGAGAUGAACAAGAAGCAUGAGGCCGAGUUCCUCAAACUGCGGCGUGACCUGGAGGAGUCCACGCUGCACCACGAGGCCACGACAGCGGCUCUCCGCAAGAAGCAGGCGGACAGCAUGGCCGAGCUGGGUGAGCAGAUCGACAACCUCCAACGAAUCAAGCAGAAGCUGGAGAAGGAGAAGAGUGAACUGAAGAUGGAGAUUGAUGAUCUGGCCAGCAAUAUGGAAACUGUUGCAAAAGCAAAGGUCAACCUGGAGAAGAUGUGUCGCUCACUCGAAGAUCAACUCAUGGAGCUGAAAACUAAAAACGACGAAAACAUGCGGCAAAUCUCCGACCUUAGCAAUCAGAGAGCCCGCUUUCAGACUGAGAAUGCCGAAUUAUCCCGACAAAUGGAAGAGAGAGAAAGUCUCAUCUCCCAACUGACGAGAGGCAAACAGGGAUUCACAACACAGGUUGAUGAGUUGAAGCGACUGAUUGAGGAGGAAACGAAGGCAAAAAACGCCCUGGCUCACAGUCUGCAGUCAGCUCGUCACGACUGCGAUCUCCUUCGGGAACAGUACGAGGAGGAGCAGGAGGCCAAAGCCGAGCUGCAGCGCUGUUUGUCUAAGGCGAACUCGGAGGUGGCCCUCUGGAGGAACAAAUAUGAGACUGAUGCCAUCCAACGCACCGAAGAGCUCGAGGAGGCAAAGAAAAAGCUUGCCCAGCGUCUGCAAGAGGCUGAAGAACAAAUCGAGGCGGUGAACUCAAAGUGCGCCUCACUGGAGAAAACUAAACAGCGGCUUCAGAAUGAAAUGGAGGACCUGAUGGUGGAUGUGGAACGAUCCAACAGUUUAGCUGCUACACUAGACAAGAAGCAAAGAAACUUUGACAAGAUUCUGGCUGAGUGGAAGCAGAAGUAUGAGGAGUCUCAGGCUGAGCUCGAGGGAACUCAGAAAGAGAGUCGAUCUCUGAGCACUGAGCUCUUCAAACUGAAGAACUCAUAUGAGGAAGCAUUGGAUCACCUGGAGACGAUGAAGAGGGAGAAUAAAAACCUGCAGCAGGAGAUCUCAGACUUAACAGAACAACUUGGGGAGAGCGGAAAGACGAUUCACGAGCUCGACAAAUUCAAGAAGCAGGUGGAAACGGAGAAAUAUGACAUGCAGGCUGCGCUGGAAGAAGCUGAGGCUUCCCUGGAGCAGGAGGAGUCGAAGAUCCUGCAUGUACAGAUGGAGCUGAACCAGAUGAAGGCUGAAGUCAACCAGAAAUUGGCGGAGAAAGACGAGGAGAUCAACCAGAUGAAGAGGAACCACCAGAGAGUGUUGGAGUCCAUGCAGGCCACUCUGGACGCCGAGGUCCGCAGCAGGAACGACGCUCUGAGGGUGAAGAAGAAGAUGGAGGGAGACCUGAACGAGAUGGAGAUCCAGCUGAACCAUGCUAACAGGCAGGCAGCCGAGGCUCAGAAACACCUGAGGAACAUUCAGGGGCAACUCAAGGAUGCCCAAAUCCACCUGGAUGAAUCUGUGAGAGGACAGGAGGAUAUGAAGGAACAAGUAGCCAUGAUGGAGCGCAGAACAGCCUUGAUGCAGGCCGAGAUCGAAGAGCUUCGAGCUGCUGUGGAGCAGACGGAGCGCAGUCGAAAAGUGGCUGAACAGGAACUGAUCGAUGUCAGCGAGCGCGCGGGACUUCUGCAUUCUCAGAACACAAGCCUUCUAAACACCAAGAAGAAGCUUGAGGCGGAUGUAACUCAGCUUCACUGUGAAAUAGAAGAAGCCGUUCAAGAGGCCAGGAACGCCGAGGACAAGGCUAAGAAAGCCAUUACUGAUGCUGCCAUGAUGGCGGAGGAGCUGAAAAAAGAGCAGGACACCAGCGCUCACCUGGAGAGGAUGAAGAAGAACCUGGAGGUGACGGUGAAAGACCUUCAGCACCGAUUGGAUGAGGCUGAAAACUUGGCCAUGAAGGGUGGAAAGAAGCAGCUUCAGAAAUUGGAGGCCAGGGUCCGUGAGCUGGAGAACGAGCUUGAAGCCGAGCAAAAACGUUCCACUGAGGCCAUCAAGGGAGUCCGAAAAUAUGAGAGGAAAAUCAAAGAGUUAACCUAUCAGUCCGAGGAAGACAAGAAAAACAACAUUCGGCUGCAGGAUUUGGUGGACAAACUCCAGAGCAAGAUGAAAGCCUACAAGCGACAAGCUGAAGAAGCUGAGGAGCAGGCCAAUGUGCACAUGGCCAGAUUCAGGAAGGUUCAGCACGAGCUGGAGGAGGCCGAGGAGAGAGCUGACAUGGCCGAAUCUCUGGCCAACAAGAUGAGAGCCAAGAGCCGUGAAAUAGGCUCGAAGGUCCAAGAGGGACAGGGCGAGUAGCAGAGUGCACUUCACCAGUGCAGAUAUAUAAAAGUUAAUCGAUUCUCACAUUAAUAUCAUAGCAUGUCAACACUUAUUAAAAUAAACAAGGCUUAAUGAGUGGGAUAAAUUCUCUAGAUGCUUUAACUUGAAAUAUUUAUGUCUCAGAGUAAUUAAGUGCCUUAUUUAACACUUAUAACUUCUCACACAACCACAGCUCCAUAGUUAAUGACUUUAAUUGAAGGGGACACCGGUGGGAUUGAUUAUAUAACAUCAACAUCACUUCAUUUAAUUGCUGGCAUGAAAAUAUAAGACGCUGGUCUCCUGUUUUCUAAAGGUCAACAGAUGCUUUCAUUAAUUAUAAAUCAACACUAACACUUAUACACUUCUAACUUUACACAUUUGAAGCUUAUAAGAUGCCACUCAGAGACAUUUAGGAUACAGUCUUAAGCUUGGCUUAGUGUGACGCUUGCUUCAUGUGUUAUCAGGAGAGUCCUGUUGUCAAGAUUAUUGGAUUUUAUAGGUCUGCUAAACCUGAUUGCAUUUCUGUUGGAUUAAAUUUGUGUCACAAUAAAAGAAAAAAGGGGAAAAGUGUUGAUGCUGUUUUGCUCCUUCUACCAAUUUCAUUCUUAAAACAUUUACACAAAAGCGUUUUUCUCUGGCAGUAACUGCAGAUCAGAAACAGGAAUUAAAAGCAAACUAGUCUGCAGAUGUUUCCCUGUUUUGUAGGAACAUAUCGUUUCUUUGGUCUGGCACAUAAAUAGAGUUUGCUUGGAUGUGCGCACACUUGCUCUUGUCUUUGAAAUGCCUUUAAGUAACUAUUAAUAUUGAAAGUGUGCAGAAUGGAGGCUGGAAGAUGCUUUUAUGAAUUACAAAGCAUUUGGUUACAAUUUUCCCACCUUUCCAUCAGUGAUCAAGAUUUUGCUCCUGGGUCAUGUUUCAGUUUCAUAAUUUUUGGUGAGAAAAGUGAACCAGAGUGCAAUGAUUUAAUUUACAUUUAUUUAAUUUAUUUUAUAACUUCUCAGGAUGGCAAAUGAUAACAUGCAAUAAAUGUUUCUGUAAAUUUCUGAACAGAAAUAGAAAUAUUGAACUAAAUUUGACUUUUCUUUUUGUUAUUUUGACACAAAUGGCAUCCUGUAGAAUUUCAGCAGCAUAAUGCUAAUCUGCACCAAGCAGCUCGUUUUAACAGAACAUCCAGAUGUUUAGUAUCCAGAACCUGCAGCACGUCUAGUCUUUCCUUUUUGUCCCAGUAACAGCCUCUUUUUCUUCUUCUCUGGUCUUACCUUUUGUCUGUCUUCAGUA